AUAGAUGCUCCAGACUGUGAGAGCAUGGGAUGAUGUCCAGAAAGACGGUGCCAGAUGCCUUCAUCACCACGGCUAAACUUGGCAACUUCACAUGAAUUCCUCCCCCACUAACUAUUUUUGGAAAGUUGCCCCAAUAACUACUGUACGAUGCCCCACCCUUGCCCUGGCAUACAUUGAAUAGCUAGGGCAGAUAAAUGUACCUUUAUGCAUUGUUUAUCCCUCUCAUGAAGGAACGAACCUGUGGGAGAAUUCAGAGGGUAAAGGAGGUGGUUUUGAUUUUAUUAGGUAUUAUGGAGAAUUCAGGUUGCAGAGCAGAGGUAAAGAAGCGGGCAAUACAAGAAGAAGAAAAAGAAGAGGAGGCCACUAGCGAUGUCGACGAGUUUUUCGCUCUACUCCAGCGAAUCAGGGAAACAGGUAAGCAAUUUCCUGCGCUCCAAAAGCCAAAUCCUACCAAAUCCCUCACUUCUUUACAGGCGGGAAAUUGUAAUUCAGUAUGGCCGCUGUCAUUUGAGUGGGAAGAUUUCGGCAGCGCCGGGAAUAGAACCCGCGACGUCAAACCCUCGCCUCCAGAAAAUGCAGAGGUGCUGAAUCUCAAUUCCAAACGAGGCGUGAAACGGCAGAAUGUGUAUUUGGAUGAGGAAAAUAAUGGCGAUAUAGAGAUGCUGGAUCUCAACUUGCCCUCCACCCCGCCAGUGCUGCAACUCUUUUACUAAACACACGUAUUAUUAGCCUGGACAUUGGCAUUUUCCUGGCUUUUUAACAGUUUUUUUUCCGUUCUUAAGGUGUUUAUUUUGUGCUUAUUUUAGUAAAUGGCGAAGAAACAGGGUUCUUAGUCAGGGUUUCUUUUGUAAUGACUUUAUCUGUUCUUACGAAGUUCUUUCGUUGGAUUUCGUUUUGAUUGGUGCUUGCUGAUAACAAUUUAUUGGUUACAUAAACGUUUGUGUUUUAUUUCUUGA